AACCUACCUCUUAACAACAUCUUCACACCUCACCGGCGUGCUUUAGUUCUUACACAAAUUGCUUUAUUGGCAACGUUCUAUGCCACUUUUCCAUCUACAAACUUUGUGACUUCAUAUCAAUACAUAGCUACUUUACUUUAUUCCAACCAAAGCUUGAUUGAAUUGUCGCGUCGCAGUCGCGUAAAGCGUCUGUCGCAAUACGCCUGUCAGUAUGGCUCCUCGUCCACGAGCUGGUGCUGCCGAACCAGACGCGUCUAUGUCUGAUGCGCAAGAGCCUGUGGUUACUCAGCAUGAAGAAAUGGAGGUUGACGAUACACCCGAUCAGACCGAUACAGACACAAACCCAAAUACUACAGCUAGCAGUGUUGCUGGCGACCAGACCACCGACGGACGUAAGAAGCGCUCUGUGGCUAACGAGUUACGAAGAACUAUCUUCGGUAAAAAACAUGACGUUUUAGGCGAAUCCAAGGAAGAUGACAGCAUUCGACGAUUCCGCUAUCUGUUAGGUCUGACCGACCUUUUUCGUCAUUUCAUCGAAACAAACCCCAACCCGCAGAUCCGCAACAUUAUUAUAGAAAUUGAUCGCCAGAAUGAGGAGGCUACCAAGGCGAAAAAGAAGGCCCUUCGUGAGGGUGGUGCGGAGACAGGACGAGCCCGACGCACCGAAGCAGAAGAGGAUGCGGAAUUGCUCAAGGACGAAAAACAGGGAGGAUCCGCCGAGACUGUGUUCCGUCAAUCGCCAGCAUUCAUCAAUGGCACAAUGAGGGACUACCAGAUUGCUGGUCUCAAUUGGCUUAUCUCCUUACACGAGAAUGGAAUCUCUGGAAUUCUAGCUGAUGAGAUGGGCCUGGGAAAAACCCUUCAGACCAUUGCUUUCUUGGGGUACCUACGGCACAUUAUGGAUAUCAAAGGUCCACAUCUAGUUAUUGUCCCAAAGUCAACGUUGGACAACUGGAAGCGAGAAUUUUCCAGAUGGACUUCUGAAGUCAACGUUCUAGUUCUACAAGGUGCAAAAGAAGAACGUCAUGCGCUAAUCAAUGAGCGUUUGGUCGACGAGAAGUUUGAUGUUUGCAUCACGAGUUAUGAGAUGAUUCUCCGCGAGAAGACACACCUGAAGAAGUUCGCUUGGGAGUAUAUUAUCAUUGACGAGGCACACCGUAUCAAAAACGAGGAAUCGUCUUUGUCUCAAGUCAUUCGCCUAUUCAACUCUCGAAACCGACUGCUAAUUACUGGAACGCCUCUGCAGAACAAUCUGCAUGAGCUUUGGGCUCUCCUGAACUUCUUGCUCCCUGACGUCUUUGGUGACAGUGAAGCCUUUGAUCAAUGGUUUUCAGGCCAAGAUGCCGACUCCGAAGUGGUUGUUCAGCAACUUCACCGAGUCCUUCGACCAUUCCUUUUACGUCGAGUCAAGGCUGACGUCGAAAAAAGUCUGCUACCCAAAAAGGAAGUCAACCUUUAUAUUGGCAUGUCGGAAAUGCAGGUCAAAUUCUAUAAGAAAAUCCUUGAGAAGGAUAUCGAUGCAGUCAAUGGGGCUAAUGGUAACCGAGAGCAAAAGACCAGGCUGCUCAAUAUUGUCAUGCAGCUGAGGAAGUGCUGCAAUCACCCUUAUCUAUUCGAUGGGGCUGAGCCAGGUCCCCCAUACACCACCGACGAACAUCUGGUAUAUAAUUCUGGAAAGACAGCAUUGCUAGACAAGCUCCUAUUCCGACUGAAGAAGCAGGGCAGCCGUGUUCUGAUCUUCUCUCAAAUGAGUCGUGUUCUAGAUAUUCUAGAAGACUAUUGCGUCUUUCGCGAGUACAAGUAUUGCCGUAUUGACGGUGGAACCGCUCACGAAGAUCGAAUUGCGGCCAUUGACGAGUACAACAGACCUGAUUCGGAUAAAUUCAUCUUCCUUCUUACCACUCGAGCCGGUGGUCUCGGAAUUAACUUAACCAGUGCCGACAUUGUCAUUCUUUAUGACAGCGACUGGAACCCUCAGGCAGACCUGCAGGCCAUGGAUCGUGCUCACCGAAUUGGUCAGACGAAGCAGGUAGUCGUUUAUCGAUUUGUAACCGAAAACGCAAUCGAGGAGAAGGUGCUUGAACGAGCAGCACAGAAACUUCGCCUUGAUCAGUUGGUCAUUCAACAAGGCCGUGCUCACCCUGGAGUUAAAGGACCAGCAGAUAAAAACGAACUUUUGACCAUGAUCCAACACGGUGCCGAGAAGGUCUUCGAGACCAAAGGUGCCACUGGACUGGCUGCUAAAGGUACCGAUCUUAAUGAUGAUGAUAUUAAUGAGAUCUUGUCCAAGGGAGAGAAUCGGACCAAAGAACUGAACGCCAGAUAUGAGAAGCUUGGCAUUGACGACUUGCAAAAGUUUACAUCAGAGUCUGCCUACGAGUGGAAUGGUGAGGUGUUCGGAAAGAAGAAAGACAUUGGUGUCAAUUGGAUCAACCCAGCCAAACGCGAACGCAAGGAGCAGUCGUAUUCAGUCGAUAAAUUCUACCGAAAUGCCAUUUAUGGACCGAGUAAGGCAGAGACCAAGCCAAAGGCUCCCCGGGCGCCCAAACAGAUCCCGGUCCACGAUUACCAGUUCUACCCAUCCCGACUCCGUGACCUUCAGGACCAAGAGACCGCUGCCUACCGCAAGGCAAUUCAGUACAAGAUUCCGCUUCCUGACGGUGACGAGGAAACCCUUGCCGACAGAGAAGCUGAGCGUGCCCUGGAGCAGCAAGAAAUCGAUAAGGCCACUCCGCUUACAGAAGAAGAACAAGAGGAGAAGCAGAAACUGUCACUCCAAGGAUUCGGCGAUUGGAACAAGCGCGAUUUCCAGCAGUUCAUCAAUGGCUCUGGCCGUUUCGGACGCAAUGACUACGAGAGAAUUGCCGAGGAAGUUGACAGCAAGACUGUAGCGGAAGUUAAGGCCUACGCGAAGGUCUUCUGGCAACGAUACAAAGAAAUCGCGGACUACGCCAAGCACCUCCAGGUGAUCGAGACGGGAGAAGAACGUAUGCGAAAGACGGAGCAUCAGCGCAAGAUGCUGCGCAAGAAGAUGCAACAAUAUCGAGUUCCGCUUCAGCAGAUGAAAAUCAAUUAUUCGGUAUCUACCACCAACAAAAAAGUGUACACCGAAGAAGAGGACCGAUUUCUCAUGGUGAUGCUGGACCGAUAUGGCAUUGACUCUGAGGGCAUCAACGACCGAAUCCGUGACGAGAUCCGUGAAAGUCCCCUGUUCCGAUUCGAUUGGUUCUUCCUCAGCAGAACGCCGGUUGAGAUCGGUCGACGCUGUGCUACACUGCUCACCACCAUUGUGAAGGAGUUUGAGGAUGUACAUCCAGCCAAGACAAACGGAGUCAAUGGCAAGGGUAAACGGGAGCCGGACGAUGAGGAGAAUGACGAAGAUAGCAUCUUGGGCAUGGCUCCCGCUAAGAAAAAGUCCAAGACUAGUGUUAAGAACAAGGCGUUGGAUAAUGUCAAGGGCGGAGGGAGCAAGGCCACGUCCACUACUCCCUCGUCCCGAGCCUCCAGCGUCGGUUCUUCGAACUCGGCGCCUCCGGCCAAAGGCAAACCCAAGGGCAAGAAGAAGUGAAUAGCCCUUACUCGAAUCAACUUGGCAGCAAAACAAACAUAAUAAAAACUUGAACGCUUCUGUUCUCGAGCUGUGUUGGCCGCUCUUAUAGAAGCUAUAUCGUCUAUUGGCGGAUAUGAAAUAGGUUAAGGGACAUGAGGGAGGCUAUGGCGUUUUUUACACGGUUGCCUUUCCUACAGGACAGCAGAGCUCUCAAAACGAUCAUGUAUCAAGUGUUCCCAGCGGGUGGGAAUAGCACUGACAUCGUUUAAUAUGUGCUUUGCUCAUAUUGCAAACAGAAAAAAGAGAAGAAUAUCGGCAGGGAAGACUUUGGUGAUGAAAGAGGAAAUACGAGCCCAUACGAAGUUUUGUCAGUAUUUGGCACUGCGGGGACGGUGGGAUGGUGCUGGAGGUGACGAGAAACCUCUAAUUGCUGAAGUAUCUUCGGUCGCCGUUAAUGAAGAAAGAUGGUCCAGAAGGACGGCCUUUGAGGGAGACGGACUUCAGAUACUAUUGUGUCUCUAGCUCUCUGGAUUUCUUGAAUCCCUUACGAUGAAGACAGAUGAAGACAAAUAGCUACCUAGGUUGCCUAGGUAGAUUGAUAGGAACUACGUUGAAUCGAUGAAGUGGACUUUACAUGAGA